AUGCAGAGUGUGCAGAAGGCGUUUGAAAAUCUAUGUAGUGUAAGAUCAAACCAAGUGAAAAGAAUGGGUCGAAUGAUGUCAAAAGUAAUGAAAAAAUUAUCGGCCGAUGGUCCAAAAAGAAUAUUAAUGCUUGGAUUAGAUAAUGCUGGAUUCAAUGUUGAAACAAUUUCACCUGCUCGGAACAUCACACUUACUGUCUGGGAUGUUGGCGGACAAGAUCAUCUGAGAACAUUAUGGCAUCAUUAUUUUGAUAAUGUUGAUGGACUUGUGUUUGUAGUCGAUUCUACGGAUAAAAAACGUUUACAUUUAGCUAAAGCGGAAUUAGAAGGAAUAUAUCAACAUGACUCAAUGAAAAAUGCCCCAUUAGUUGUCAUAUCGAAUAAACAAGAUCAUAGCGAAGCACUUGAAUCAUCUGAAAUUGCAGAAAAAUUAAAUUUAUUAUCUUGGCCAGAGAAUACCUAUUAUGUUGUUCCGGCUUGUGCGCUAACAGGCGAUGGUCUAACCGAAGCAUUUACAAUGUUAGCAAAAAUGAUUCGUAAGCAAAAAAAACAUAACUUUUUAUCCUCUAAUUAA